AUGUCUCGUUUGCCCCUAAAUCCACCUAUAAUUCUCUCUAAUCAACAGCCAGGUGGAUGGUGGCCUCUACAGCAAUUUACGAGACCCCAAAGGCCGCUACCUGGCUAUUUUGAGGCGCCGAGGAAGAAGAAUGUGAUAACAGUCAACGGAGACGUCGUCACCCCCAGGAACGAAGGACCUCGAGCGCCAACACUGUCGGAGGGCCCUGAGGCGACCGGAAGUGCUCCCGAGUUUGAUAAAACCAGUGAUGGAGUCUCCACGGAGUGGGCCGCCCAACCCAGCAAAGACCAGCCAGCUUCAAAGUUGAAUAUUUAUGCACCAGUUCAUGUCCCUGACUGGCUUCUUGCUAUCAACGAGUCGGUUGCAGUUGAUGUCCCCUGUACUACCCUGUGCCAUUUUGACGCAGAGGAGUAUGCCGCCGCCUUCGGACCAGACACCCAUGUUCAGCCUCGUGACGAAUGGUCUGUCCCUCUGGGCCUCCCCACUCCCGAUCGUCAGACUCCUGUCGAACCACCACACUAUCAAGACCGAUUUAUAGCUCUUCUGCGAGACGAAUUCGCAGCUCUUGAGCAGCGGUUGCUUUACUAUUCGCUAUACAAUCAUCGUAUUGUGAUGUGGGAUCCUCACCAGCUGCUCUUUGAAGUACGUGUGCCUGGCUUGCGCGAAGACUCGCCUCGUGUCGAUCUGGGUGAUAUCGUGCUUGUUCGGCCCAUUACUGUAUCUGACCCCCGGGUCGUGUUUAGCCAAAACAAGGUGUGGCGAGACCAUAUGCGGAAAAAGGGACAAUGCCACCCGGCCUUCGAAGGUACAGAAUAUCGUGCGGUGGUAUGGGGCCUCAACCGCGCCAACGAAGCCGUCUUCCUUCGCAUUGAAAAUGGAAGCAAGUGUCCUCAAACUGCCAACCUCAAAUUCAUCUUGCAAGUGCCCAAGACGAUGUCACUGGUGUCCGCCGUCCAGUCCAUCGACGCCGCACUUGGCUCAUCCGAUACCUUGCGGUCCAUGCUUUUCUCGCAGAGAUCGGACGCAUGCAUGCAGGAAAAACUAUCAGCAGCCUCCUUCGGCAUAGAUUGGCGAGAUGCCUGCCUCAACUUCGAGCAACAAAAGGCUGUCGCAGCUGUCGUUGCGGACAGAUAUGGGACGGUCCCCUACCUCGUAUCAGGACCACCUGGCACGGGCAAAACAAAGACCAUCGUGGAGAUAGCCCUUCAGCUGGUUGCGCGAAAGACAUCGGCUGUUCACCCGCACCUCCGCAUCUGCGCACCAUCCGAUGCGGCUGCAGAUACUCUCGCGCUUCGACUUUCGCUUCACCUUGACCGAAAUCAGCUGUUUCGACUCAAUAGCUGGACUCGAUCCUUCGCUGAAGUACCUGACAAACUCAUCCUGUAUUCACACACCGAUUCAAACAGCCUUUUCAGUCUGCCACCGUUUGGCCGACUGAUGUCGUACAGCAUCGUAGUCACCACCUGUCGAGAUGCCAACAUACUCAUUGAAGCACGUCUGACCAACAAAGAUCUGGCCCAACUAGCCUUCAACUCCAUGAGGGCGGUAUCCCCCUCGACUGUAGAGGGCCUGACUACCCCACUCCUACACUGGACAGCUCUUCUUCUCGAUGAAGCCGCUCAAGCUACCGAACCAGAAUCUCUCAUCCCGCUCUCAGUAGUUCUACCACUCUGGCAGCUCCCAAAGUGUCAACUUGUCUGCCCACAGUUUGUCCUCGCCGGUGACGAAUUCCAACUUGGCCCACGCCUCGAAUCACACGCGCAGAAGACCGGUCUCGAAAUCUCUCUUUUCCAGCGCCUCUUCAAUCUCCCCUUCUACGCCGACCACCCCCUCUCUAUCACCAACGGCCUUCAACCUCUCACUCGCAAGAAACUCCCAUUACCGCGACCUGCCUUCACGAACCUUACCCGCAACUACCGCUCCCACCCAGCCAUUCUCUCUGUCCCCUCCUCGCUCUUCUACUUCGACAACCUCAUCCCAGAAUUCACUCCCUCCUCAGCCACCACUACGUCAUGGCCCGGCUGGCGCAAGCCAAACUGGCCGGUGCUCUUCAUCCAGAACUCCGGCCCCGAUGAAGUUGAUGAUAUUCUUGCUGGUGAUGGCACAGGUGUCGGCUCCCUCUACAAUAACGACGAGAUCGGCAUUGUGCUCACCCAAGUUCAGACCCUUUUGAACGGGAUACCCAAUCUGAAACCCGAGGAAGUCAUGGUCAUGUCUCCCUUCCGCGCGCAAGUUAAGAGGAUCAGAACAGCAUUGAGGAAAGAAGGGAUGGCCGCGGUCAACGUUGGGCCAUUAGAAGCAUUCCAGGGGCUGGAGAGCAGGAUCGUCAUGUUAUGCACGACGCGUACAAGGCGCGGGCCUGAAGGGGACGAGGCUAAAUUUGUGAAGAUGGAUCAAGGGCGUGGGUUGGGGGUGAUUGAUGAGCCCAAGCGGUUUAACAUGGCGAUGACAAGGGCGAUGGAGGGGUUCAUCGUGGUUGGCGAUCCCGUCACCCUGGUUUGCACGGGCGAUACCUCCUGGCGGAACCUCAUUGCGUUUUGUGUGAGGAACGGGCUCGUCGAGGGUGAGUUCGGUGAGAUUGAGGAGCAGAUGGAGGGGUGGGACGUGAAGGAGGGAAGGUUGGAGCGUGCUUUGAGGCGGAAGGAGGUCGGCGUGGAGGAGAAGGGCGUGGUGGGACUGAGGGGGUUCGUGGAGAAUGGGGAAGAGGAAGGAGAGAUGAUGCUGCCUGAGAGCAUGGAGGGCGACGAGACCGAAGACGGGGUGGCGAGUGAGAUGGAGGAGGUGCUGGGGGAUGACUAUAGCACAUCGUAA